AAGCAAAUCCAUAUCUCUCUCGUAAAACAAGAACACAUCACAUGCAAGUGAGCUUGCAUACUGACUUCGGAGAGUUCUAUUCUUCUCGGGGCAAUUGAAGCAAGCAUGUUUCUGUGUGUAUGUGUGCAUCAUUGUAAGCUUCUGCUGAACAACAACAGCCGUUGGAUCUCAUUCCUCUUCUCAUGCAUAGAUCAUUUCCCUUACAUUUUUGUCUAAGACAAGUACAUGGGCAGUAACUCACAUGUAUGGACUUGCUACAUGCUAAAUUUACCUCCCUCUUCAAUCAUGAGCCAUUUGGACUUCACUUGGGGAGACCGAGAUGCAAAAUCCUGAAUUACAUCAGUAUUGUAUACAGUUGCUUGGGUUUCCGUAUAUUUACCAAAGAAAGGCAGGUCAGAUAAUAUCUCCCCCAUCUAUGUACUCCUAGAAUAAAUAACUUGAAGACUUAAGUGCAACUCACUCCAACUCUGUCUUCUUGUCCGAAACACCAAUCUUGCUUCCUUGAGGGAGAAGGGAGUGGGAGAACAGAAAAACUAGAAAAAUGCCACUGGCUCCUAGGAGAAGUAAAUGCGGUAAAAAGGAGGCUAACAAAGGAGCAUGGACAGCUGAAGAGGACCAAAAACUGGCCCGAGUCAUUGAAAUUCACGGUCCAAAGAGGUGGAGAUCAAUUGCUGCCAAAGCAGAUCUGAAUAGAUGUGGUAAGAGCUGCAGGUUGAGAUGGAUGAAUCAUCUUAGACCAAAUAUUAAGAGAGGUAACAUAUCAGACCAAGAAGAGGACUUGAUACUCAGGCUUCAUAAGCUCCUUGGUAACAGAUGGUCUUUGAUAGCUGGAAGACUGCCUGGAAGGACUGAUAAUGAAAUCAAGAACUACUGGAAUUCUCAUUUGAGCAAAAAGAUAAAGCAAAAAGCGGAGAAGCCGGUAAUAAUCUCAACAUUGAAACAACCUGAGCCAGAGAAAACCAAUGUACUGGGUAUGGAUAAUAUUGCCAAGGGAAGGGAGGAGGGUACUUCUAAGAGACUUGAGGACUCAAAAUCUAGCUUUGUUGGGGAUGACUUCUUUGAUUUCUCCAAUGAGGACCCUGUGAAUUUGGAAUGGAUGAGUAAAUUCCUUGAGCUGGAAGAGUCUUUGUAUGAAUUUCCAUGAUAUUGUAUGUUGCCUUUCGAAGUAGUAGUUUAUGCAUUCGUAUUUUUGUGAUGCUUGCUAUUGCAAGUUAAGGAGGUCUUCGAUAAUUUAAGGAAAACCCCACGGUUUUUCUUUUUGUUUUCUUCUAUUUGUCGAUGCCAGUGUUGUUAGCAGUCAAUAGAUGUGAAGGAUUUUCCAUGGAUCGACAAACUUCUAUAUUUUGUCCAGCAGUAUGAUUGUGUAGUUUGAAUCUCUAGCA